GUUUUAAGUCAAAUUCGAAAAGUAUUUAAAAUCUACAUACAUAUAUAUAUAUAUAGAAACUAUAAUCAAGUUUACAUUGUGACGUCACAAGUUGUGCUUCGUGCUGCUUUGUUUCGGCAUUUCAUAACGCAGCCAUGUUAAAAAGCUCCAAUCGAGAAUAGAUUUGUUGAUAUUUGUUGUGAAAUGUUUGUAUAUCACUCUCAGUUUGUUUAUUUAUACCGGCGACAGAACUGUCCAAAUUGCUAGUCAGCUUUGAUAUAUAAUACCGAAGAAAUGAUAGAGACUGAACCUGAAUCCAUUAUGAAUAAUGAUUAUAAUAAAAAAGCAGAAAGAACUUUAUUAACGUCAGAAGUGAAAGUAUUGUCCAUUGGAGAUCGGAGAGAAUGCUCCAAGCCAACGAAGCCUGCAAUCGUAUUUGAUAAAAAAGUCUUUUAUGAUGACUGUAAGAAGCAUUUUGGUCAACUCUUAUUGGGAAGUCGAAACUGUGUGCCCAAUGAUCGUUUUAUGAUGGACGUGUUGGAAAUGAACACAAUUGAAGAAGAUAAUCAACCCAGACGCUACCAUUUUCAGUGUUUGCCCAGCUCCUAUCCGGGUAUAUACAUGGACUGUAUGCAUGGCGUAUUCGGCCAGACUUUUUAUGCUGAUGCAGUAAUGCACGAGUUGAAAAAGCGACUGAAAGACCAAAAGUGGAUAUCAAAGAAUGUAUUGGAAUUUCCCAAGAAAACGAAAGUUUUUCGCUCGCGCCCUUGUUUUGAGGAUGAUUACUACGUUCACAAUCUGGCCCUUGAUAUUCUCUGUGAACAAAAGUUGAAAGUCUUUCAGUUUCUGCUCUAUUUACACAAACAAUAUGUAAACGAUAGGUUACAUUCUAAGAGAUUUCAACAACCGUAAAAUUUUCUGUAUAAUUGCUUGAUUUAAGUUGUUUUCCAUUUAAUAGUAUUUAAAGAUAUAACAGAUAUAUAUUUUAUAACAAUA